UCCACAUUAGAUGACAACAGUCCAGGACACCGGCAGCAGAAGGCGGACCGGCGGCGGGGAAGAGUUUGUUUUGAACUGACGCCAUGGUGAACCAGGUUCCCAGAGGAGACGGCAGCUGGCAGUCGUUCAAGAGCGACUCCAGCGGCGCCAGUACCAGCGGCGGGGACAGUUCCAAGGACAGUUCCCGCUGUUCCACACCGGUGCUAGAGGCCGACCGCUCCGACCGGCUACGGGACAAGAUGCGCCGCAGGACGGAGUCUGGGGACCGCUGGUUCUCCCUGGAGUUCUUUCCACCUCGCACGGCCAGCGGAGCGGUCAACCUCAUCUCCAGGUUCGACCGUAUGGGUUCUGGAGGACCCCUGUUCAUCGACAUCACGUGGCAUCCGGCGGGGGACCCGGGCUCGGACAAAGAGACGUCCUCCAUGAUGAUCGCCAGCACGGCGGUCAACUACUGCGGCCUGGAGAGCGUCCUGCACCUGACCUGCUGCAACCAGACCACCCACAAGAUCACAGGAUACCUGGAGAAAGCCAAACGCCUGGGGCUGAAGAACAUCAUGGCACUGAGGGGAGACCCAGUGGGAGCAGACUGGGAGGAAGAGGAGGAAGGCUUCAACUACGCCAUCGACCUGGUCAAACACAUCCGCUCAGAGUUCGACGACUACUUCGACAUCUGCGUCGCUGGAUAUCCCACAGGACACCCUGAGGCAGGCAGUUAUGAAGAAGAUCUGCAACACCUGAAGGAGAAGGUGGACGCCGGAGCAGACUUCGUCAUCACCCAGCUGUUCUUCAGGGCCGACACUUUCCUGAAGUUUUUAGACGACUGCAGGGCCAUUGGGAUCACAUGUCCCAUCCUGCCCGGAAUCUUCCCCAUUCAGGGGUACCAGUCUCUGCGUCAGCUCGUCAAGCUGUCAAAGCUGGAGGUUCCGGAAGAGAUCACCAAAGUGAUCGAACCCAUCAAAGACAACGACGCCGCUAUCCGAAACUACGGGAUCCAACAGGCGGUGCAGAUGUGCCGUGUGCUGCUGGACAGCGGGAAGGUGUCGGGCCUUCACUUCUACACUCUGAACCGAGAGGUGGCCACCAUGGAGGUCCUGAGACAGCUGGGCCUGUGGACUGAGGACCCCAGACGUCCUCUUCCGUGGGCGGUGAGCGCUCAUCCCAAACGGAGGGUGGAGGAUGUUCGUCCCAUCUUCUGGGCUUCCAGACCCAAGAGCUACAUCUACAGGACGCAGGACUGGGAUGAGUUCCCCAACGGCAGAUGGGGGAACUCGUCUUCUCCUGCAUUCGGGGAGUUAAAUGACUACUACCUGUUCUACCUGAAGAGUAAGUCUACCAAAGACGCUCUGCUGCAGAUGUGGGGAGAUGAACUGAUGAACGAGCAGAGCGUCUACGAAGUGUUCACCUGUUACAUCACAGCCCAGCCCAACCACAGAGGACACAAGGUCAUGUGUCUGCCGUGGAACGAUGAGCCCCUGGCCCCUGAGACCAACCUGCUGAAGGAGGAGCUGGAGAAGGUCAAUAGACGGGGGGUCCUCACCAUCAACUCCCAGCCCAACAUCAAUGGAAAACCCUCCACGGACCCCAUCGUGGGCUGGGGUCCGGCUGGAGGCUAUGUGUUCCAGAAGGCUUAUCUGGAGUUCUUCACCUCCAGUGAAAAUGUCACUGCUCUGCUCCAAGUCCUGAAGAAGUACGAGCCCCGCGUCAACUACCACAUCGUAAAUGUUCAUGGUCAAAACCGAACCAACGCCCACGACAUGCAGCCCAACGCUGUGACCUGGGGCAUCUUCCCUGGAAGAGAGAUAGUCCAGCCCACGGUGGUCGACCCCGUCAGCUUCAUGUACUGGAAGGACGAGGCCUUCGCCCUGUGGAUCGAACAGUGGGGUAAACUCUACGAGGAAGAGUCUCCUUCUCGGAUGAUCAUCAAAUACAUCCAUGAUAACUACUUCCUGGUCAACCUAGUGGACAAUGACUUCCCUCUGGACAGUUGUCUGUGGCAGGUCAUCGACGACAUGUUUGAGCUGCUGGACACGCCUCCAGAUCCGCUCAGCGAUGGAACCGCGUCCGAAUGAACACUUUAACAACGGUUAGGGUUUUUUCUGGAGGAAGG